AUGACUCUCCAUUUCAAUGCCCUCCUGAACAGCACCUCCCUCUGGGACAGCAGAGACACGGAGGGGUCGGCCGUGACCAUCCUGCUGCAGAGCGUGGAACUGGCUGCACUGGCCACUGCUCUCCGAUCUCUGGAGAGGACAACACAGAACGUGACGACAGAGUCUCUGGCUAUCCAGAAGUGGCUCGUCACAGGGAACUGCAGCCAGCACAGCGAAGUCUUCAAGCUGAGAGCUCACGAGGAGAUGAUGGACGUGCACUGUGAUGCAGUCACUGGGGUAGCCACACAAGGUUUGGAGAUUGCUGCUUUUAUUUCCUACUCCAUCCUGGACUGCAUCAUCAGUGCAAGACAUCUCAGCGAGGGAAAUCAACCAGGUGGUGGGAAGCUGGAGAAGAGUCACCUCAACUCCAGGAUGGCCAAAAAAGAGGAGGAAGAGGCUCUCUGCAUCUACUGGAAAGUAGUGGCCGAGAGAGGCAGCUGGUCUCCGGACGGCUGCACCGCCGUGCACACGAACAGCACUCACACCACCUGCAGCUGUGACCAUCUCUCCAGCUUCGCCGUCCUAAUGGCUCCCAUCGCAGUGACAGAGAGUUCCCCACUGACCAUCAUCGCCUACGUGGGACUGACCCUCUCCCUGCUGUGCCUCUUCCUCGCCAUCCUCACCUUCCUCCUGUGCCGCUCCAUCCGCAACGUCAGCACCUCCCUCCACCUGCAGCUCUGCCUCUGCCUCUUCCUGGCCGACCUUCUCUUCCUCACCCAGGUGACCCGCAUCCGCACUCAGAGUGUCCCGGGGCUCUCUCUCUCCCAGGUGGCAUGUGCUGUCAUUGCUGGCCUCCUACACAACCUCUUCCUGGCCUGCUUCACCUGGAUGUUCCUGAAGGGGCUGCACCUCUUCCUCACCGUCAGGAAGCUGAAGGUCGUGAAUUACACCAGCGCCAGCCGGUUCAAGAAGAGAUUCAUGUACCCGGUCGGCUAUGGAUUCCCAGCCCUGGUGGUGGCUAUUUCUACAGGGGUGAAUCCUGAAGGCUACGGAGCUUCCACACACUGCUGGCUCAGCCUGGAGAGAGGCUUUCAUUGGAGCUUCCUGGGUCCAGUCUGUGCCAUAAUCCUGAUAAAUAUAAUGUUCUUUGUGCUGACCCUGUGGAUCCUGAGAAACAGACUCUUCUCCCUCAAUGCAGAUGUGUCCACUGUCAGAGACCACAGGUUACUGACCUUUAAAGCCAUCGCCCAACUCUUCCUUCUGGGCUGCACAUGGAGUCUUGGUCUCCUCCAAGUCGGCCCAGCAGCCAUGGUCAUGGCCUAUUUAUUCACAAUCGUCAGCAGCCUGCAGGGAGCCUUCAUCUUCCUGGUGCACUGUCUGCUCAAUGGCCAGGUAAUGCCCACGGCCCAUCAGUGCCCACCCAGCGCCUUCACCGGCCUGGCAGGGACUGGAGUCGGCGCUCGCUCUCACCCCAAGAGGCGGGAUCGGAGGCGUUCAGAUUUCCAGCCAAGGCUGCUGAUCUGGUGGAUUUGUAGGCAGCCCGCACUGCCUUCCCCACACAGCUCCUGGGAGCAGCCAGGGGCAUUAGACACAGCGCAGCAUUAA